AAGGACAAUUGCAGGGUGGGGAAUCUUAUGUGCUCAGAUUGCAGCUGUGUUUUCCUUUUCCUUUCUCCGUUUAUCUCUCUUCCUCCCUUUCCUUCCCCGUCUCACCCAUCUGUCCCUCCCUCUUACUCUCCCCCCUGCUUCCUCCCCUUUCUAUCUAUUUCUCCCUGCCGCAGAGAAACUUUCAGUGCUGCACCGUGCACCCUACACAAGGUGUAACUAGAGAAGACAAGGGCCACACCAGCACUUCUACAGGGGCACAUGCCAGUUAACAGACUGACUGUCAGAUUGGCAUAGGCACAAACUGAAGUAGAGGGCACAGAAGCAGAAAAUCAAAAGUUGGCAGUUUUAGAAGUUGGCAGAGAGGAAAUAGAGAAAGCUUUCAGGGCACAGAGACAAGACUGGCAGAGAAGAACUCAAGUCAUUGGAUAUACAGAGUCACUGGUAGAUAAGGUCCAAGCACAGCUAGUGACAUGCACCUUACACCAGGUGGGGCCCCUGACUGGUGCCCGGACCCCCGUGUUUUAAAAGUUACAGUCGGGGGUCACUGCGUCCAGAAAGAGCCCCAAUCUCCCGUAUCGCGUGGCUCCAGAAGGUACCUGAUCUGCCUGGAUCUGCUGUGUCUCUGCGUAGUCUCUAUACCCUUUCUCAUAUGUGAAUUGGGCGUGGUGGCACCUGUUCACCGGGGAUUUUUCUGCGAUGACACCUCAAUCCAGUUCCCGGUGAUACACCAGGAAACCAUUAGUGACACAGUACUGAUCAGCGUUGGGAUUCUCAUCACGGGGGUCACGAUUGCCCUGGGGGAAUGUUACAGGGUCAGCCGACAGAAUAACUCCAAGUCCUGCCCUAGAGAGGGCUACUUAGCAGCCGUGUACUGCCAACUCCUCCCCUUCUUGUUUGGUUCUGCCUUGGGACAGUCCAUAACCAAUGCGGCCAAACUCAGUGCCGGGCGUCUGAGGCCAAACUUUCUGGCGGUCUGUCAACCGGAAGGCCUCAACUGUACCACUGGUUACAUUGAAACAUACAGAUGUACCGGGGAUGCAGGUGUCGUAACCGAGGCCAGGAAAUCCUUCUUUUCCGGACAUGCCUCUUUCUCCAUGUACUCCAUGCUAUACCUCACGUUUUAUCUACAAGUGCGGCUUACGUGGCGGGGGGCCCGCCUUUUGCGCCCUCUGGUGCAGUUUGUUCUGAUCCUCAUGUCCCUAUACACCGGUUUUACCCGUAUCUCUGACUACAGGCACCACCCGUCAGAUGUGGUUGUUGGUUUCCUGCAGGGGGCGCUGGUCGCAUACUGGGUGGCUUUUCACAUUUCCGACUUGUUUAGAAAGAAGCAAUCAGAGUACGUCACCGUCCCUCCUAGACCCGAGAGCCCCGAAACUUUCACCAACUGCUAGACCACGAGACGGGGCGAGACAGCUUGGUCUGCGGUCAGGAGGGAGACAAGGCAGGUGGGCCACGCCCGUCACCUCAUGCGACAUUGCCCAACUAGCGGAAAGGAAGCAGAGCAGGUUAAAGAUGGAAGCCACGAGGGUUUCACAUCCUGGUGAAUGUGGCAUAACAGUUGCGCCACGGACUGACUGUUAUUAACUCUGCUGAACAUUAGAGUUUCCUGGAACCAAGGGGAAAAAUAUGCUCCUGUCUUAGAAUGGAAAACUUUGUACAGUAAAAUACUCCUCCUCCCCACAUCCAAUGAAGAGUAGCAUCACUACAAUAAGUGGGCCAUCAAAAGCACUUAAGUUCAUGAGGUCCUGCACAAUUACCCUUCCCUACAGGACAGGGUGCACAUGCACGUUUCAUGGGCUGUAGUUAUAAAUACCACAAACCAUAUUGUUUAUAAUUGGCACUUUGAGCCCAGAAUGAGCACAUUUAUACACUUUUUGGAUGCAACUUGCUUAUAAUAUUGCAUUUUCAAAAGGGUACCAUGGCCACCCUAGCUGAGUUCACCCACUGGAACCAGCCUCAGGCUAAGUGGACACCAGCCCCACCCAUGACUUAGUUAGGACUACUCAAAUUAACAGUUUUGCCCUCUCCCUCCCCCAUAGACUAAUUGUUUCAGUGUAAAUUUGUGCAAACCAGCGCUCACAAAGCAUAAGCCACAUGCUGACCCCCUAGCUUCAUCAAAUAGGUCUAACCAUCCAACAGAACAAACAGUGGUGACCUUCACCUGCUGUGAUGGUGGACCAUACCAGUAAGGCAUUCUAAGUAGGUGCACACACCACCACAUCCACCCUCUAGACAAUUUUUUGGACUUAUUUCACAUAACUCCACCCAUAAGUGGGGUUACAUAAAUAAUGUUGCCAUUACAAGGCAUUCAUUUUUGGCAUUAUUUGUGGUUCAAUGCAUUGUUGUCCUCUAUCACACUUUAAUGUUUUCUAUCAAAUCAACAGGGCUUUUUGUGUGGGUAUAUUGUUUUAAAACUGUCUAUACUGGCAUUAGGCUCAUGGCUAUUGGAGCAUAUUCUUCAAUGACUGGUGAGCUCCUGUACCCAGCUGCGGAGCCUGACAGGCAGUUUCCAUAAAAACUAAUGACAGUUUCCCCUGUUGGUUUUGGGAGCCACUAAGAUAUCAUGGUGUUCCCCUUAGCCCUAAGGUUAUAGUACAAAGAUCCCCUUAAAUUAAAGGGGACCCGUCACCCAAAAUAAAUUUUUCAAAAUCCUAUUUUAUCACAUUAGUCAAGCAAAAUGAACUUAAUUACAUUAUAU